AUGUCUUUAACCACUUACUCUAAACCGGGUUUAACCAAAGAAGAACAAGCAGCCGAAGAGAAAAUGGUGAGUUUGCAAGCUGAGAGCAUCGUCAAUACUGUGGCUUUCCCUAUGGUUUUUAAAGCCGCUUUGGAGCUUGGCGUCAUUGACACAAUCAAUGAUGCAGGCAACGACGUGUGGCUCUCACCCUCUGAGAUAACGGCUAAUCUCCCAACCAAACCCAUAAACCCGGAUGCACCGGUUUUGCUGGACCGGAUGCUGCGGUUACUUGUCAGCCACUCGAUCUUGAAGUGCCGUGUGACUGAAAUUGAAGAAAACGGUCGAACCGGAAAUACCCAGAGGGUAUAUGCAGCUGAACCGGUUUGCAAGUACUUCUUGAAAGAUCGUGACGGUUCUGGUUCUCUCGCGUCUCUGUUCAUCAUGUACCAUGACCAAGUCAUCUUCAAGACUUGGACAAAUCUUAAAGAUGUGAUACUAGAGGGAAAAGACGCAUUUAGCUCUGCACACAACAUGAGCAUUUUUGAAUACAUUAACUUGGACGAAAGAUUUCGUGAGGUGUUUCACCGGGGUUUGGCCGAAGCUUCCACUUUGUUCAUGAAGAAGAUUCUAGAAGUUUACAGAGGAUUUGAAGAUGUUAACACUUUGGUGGAUGUAGGAGGAGGAACUGGCGCCAUAUUAGGUCUAGUCACUUCCCAAUAUCCUCAUAUCAAGGGUGUUAAUUUUGACUUAGCUCAAGUUUUAACCAGUGCUCUUUUUCAUCCAGGAGUCGAGCAUGUCUCUGGAGACAUGUUUGUAGAAGUUCCGAAGGGAGAUGUCAUCUUUAUGAAGUGCAUACUACAUGAUUGGACGAAUGAACAUUGUAUAAAAAUUCUAAAAAAUUGCUGGAAGAGUCUUCCUGAAAAUGGGAAAGUGAUCGUAGUUGAGAGGAUUGCACCAAUGGAACCAAAGGGUUAUGACCUUUCUUCUAGCAUUGUGUUUGCCAUGGACUUGGUGAUGUUAACACACUGCUCGGGUGGUAAAGAGAGAUCUCUUUCGCAAUUCGAGAAUUUAGCAUUUGACUCAGGUUUUCUCCGAUGUGAAAUCAUUUGUCAUGCCUAUUCAUAUUCUGUUAUAGAAUUCCACAAAUAG